AUGGAUGAACAAAUAAUUCGAUAAAAACCUGUGAAAAUUCUUUCUGAAUAUUGAUUAGAAGAAUCAAUUUCAUAAGUAUUGGUCGUGUUUCAAAGCGACACCUGCAGGUGAUACUAUUCAAAAUUUUGAACUAAAGAUUUCAGUUAAACCGUGCAAAUAUUGACAUUUCAAUGAUAUAGGACGAUAUACAUACCAUUCAAUAAGCAAGCUGAGCUCGUGUUUCGAAAGUUUAACUUAAAUCACAAAGAUUGAUACAAUCAUUGAAUAUAGUAAUUUAUUUCGUUCAAAUUGUAAUUGUGUAAAGAGAAAAUCAAAUGAACAAUAUGGGUGACUCGCUUGAAGAUCCAGCACCAAUUUUAUUACGGCAUUUCCGUGGUCAUCAUGGUCCAAUCACUUGUUUGGCAUACAAUCAUCAUUCCAACAAAUUGGCGUCGUCGUCAACGGAUAAAUCAGUAAAUUUGUGGAACACUGACGACAGAAUCAGAUGCUUCAAAUUCACCGGUCACUCGGAUGCUGUGAAUGGCGUUGCUUGGUCACACAAUGGACAGCUGAUGGCAACCGCUUCGAAAGAUCGAACAAUCAAGGUUUGGGUACCAACCGUUCGUGGUUCAUCGUGUAAUUUUCCAGCGCUGUCAGGUGUUCGCAGUGUGGAAUUUCAUCCAAAAGACAGAAAACUGGUGACCGCCAAUGAGGACAAAGCCGUCAAACUGUGGAGCAUUGAGACGAAACGAUUCUUGCAAUCAUUUUUAGGUCACACAAAUCGUGUGAACUGUGCUCGAUACUCGCCGAGCGGCAAAACAGUAGCCUCGUGCUCAGAUGAUCGUACGCUUAAACUCUUCGAUGUAAACAGUGGCGAUUGUGUGCAAACAUUUGCCGAACGUGGUAAUGUGCAUGGAAACGAUGUGGCUUGGCAUCCAGACGGUUCGUUGGUUGCAGUUGCCUUGAGUAACAGUCAAAUAAAAAUAUUUGAUCGUCGAGCAUGCAAACUCAUUCAGCUGUAUAACGUACAUUUGGACGCCGUAAAUUCGAUUGCAUUCCAUCCAAGUGGCAACUUGAUGAUAACCGGUAGUGAAGAUGGUUCGACAAAAGUGCUGGAUUUGCUCGAAGGUCGGCCAAUUUAUACAUUAGUCGGUCAUGAUGAUGCUGUAACAGCCGUUGCAUUUUCGGGUGAUGGAAGUGACUUUGCCACCGCAAGCAAAGAUAAGCAAAUUAUGCUCUGGAAGCUGAAUAUGGACAUUUUGAACGCCAGCGAUUUAUCAUCGGCUCAACCAAGCAUUGAAAAUGAUCGCAAUUUGGAGAACAUUCUCGACACAAGCGUUAUGAUUGAUCCCCGAAAAUCAGUACAUUACAAGUACCGACCCGAAGAAUACGACAUAAUCGAAUAGAGAAAUGGGGAAAGUACAAAAACGAUCGAACAUCGAUUCGAUCGAAUGUCCAAAACAAAUGACGUUGUCAAUUUAUACUUAAUAUUUAAGGCGACAGAAAAAAAAAAACACAAAAAAAACCAUUACAAACAAACCGAGUAUUCCGAGUAUUUUUUUUUUAACAUAGUUUACGUUUGCAUAAAUCAAAAACAGUUUAAGUGAAAUGUUGAUGUUAACUGAACGAAAAUGGUAGCUAUUAUUAUUUUGGGAUAGGCGAUGAGUUUAUGAAUAAUCACAUAUCACGUACUCUAAUUUCCUUAUUUCAUUUCAAAUGAAAUAAUAAAAAGAACUUUUUUUUAUCAAACAAAAUCGAGUCAAUUUUGAAUGAAUUAUUAAGAUCAUGUGAUUGAUGCAGAGUUUAUGUAUUCCCACUUGGUCAUCUCAUCAUUUCCUAUACAUAAAACAGAGAAGCGUCGAACGAAGAAGAAGAAGAAGAAGAAGAAGAAGAAGAAAUGAACUUACUGAAAUAACAAACAUAACGAUAAUAUGUGUCAAUGCCGGCAAUUACUUAUAUUCGUAGGGUAUCGUAGUCGUGCAUGUGUCGAUCAUUGUAUUGUAUUGUUUGUUUGUAACACAGACAUGAAAAAUAAAAAUAAAAACUUGAUAAAUCCAUCACAAAAA